UAAAGCGCCAUAUAUCCAAAAGGAUAUAUUACACAUUUAUAACAUGCCUAAAGAUUCUAAUAAAUAUAAACCAAAUUCAUUUAGAUCUCACAAUAUAAAGCCUUAUAACUAUUCUUCACAAACAAUAGUAUCAUCUGUUAAAGACAAGAUUUAUUCAUAUAUUCCCAAUUGGUUUAGAACUAAUUUACCAGAAGAUAUUAAUCUUAUGCAUGAAAAACAAUUUAUAAAAGAUAGUGAUAUACAAAGUUUAUUGAGUGAAGAAGAUGAAAAUUAUAAUAUUGAAGAUGAAGCAGAAUUUUUAAAUAUUAAAAUUCAAAGAAAGAACCAAAAUAAACCUAAUGGCAUUAUUAAUAAUAUCUAUCAAAACCAUUCACCCUUAAAGAACAUUAAAAAUUUAGAAGACUCUUUUUCAGAUUAUAAAGAUGCAAAUGAAAGUCACAACUUUUCCCCAAAAUAUUUAGAUAAUACAAACUCAAAUAAUUUGGAUAAUAAAAUAGAAAUUGCAAAAUUUAACAAAAUUCAAAUGAAAAAAAGUGAAAAUAUUAGUUAUUCUAGAAAAUCUAAAAUAAAAUCUUUGAAAAUAGAAAAAGCUUUAGUUUCAAAAUAUUCUGAAAAUGACACAGAUAGCUCAGAAGAAAUGGAUGAUCAUGGAGAAUCAAAAAAACAUAGUCAAAAUAGUCUUAAGCUAGAUACAGACAAAUCGCAAUGUGCAAAUUUAUUUUCAAAUAAUCAUUUGUCAAUUUUUAAUAAAAAUAAUUCAGAAUUGUUCACAAACAAAUUCAAAGAUAAAGAUCUAUCAUCUACAAUUCUUUUAAACAGCACUUCAAACUUGAUUAAUCCACAAAAUUUGAAUCAACCAAGUGGUUCAUUAACAAUAUACAAUCAGAAUAGAACAAGUUAUGGAGGACCUUCCUCAUUAUAUCGUAAGCAAAGGCUGUCUGUUCAUACACCUUACCAGAUAUCAAAUUAUAAAAAGCCAAAUGCUAAACAAUUUUUACCCACAGGAGGAUUAAGUGAUACUGCCCAAAAAAUAAUGAGCAUGUUAGGACAAAUAGCUGAUCAAAAUAAUAUUAAUUUAGAACCUAGUACAAGUUUUAACACAAAUUCUUCAGAAAUCCCUAUCACAUUAUCUGAAAUUGACAAUAAAUCCCAUUCAUAUUUGCCCAGUCAAUAUCUGCAAUCAAAUUUAUCCAUCGAUAAACAAAAAAUAAUACAAACUCCCUAUACCAAUUCACCCCUAUUUUUCAAGCCAUCAAAAUCUAGCUUUAUUAAGAUGAACACAGCUGAAACUUCUCGAAUUUCUAAUAUUAGUUCUACCCUGGCGGAAAGAUCGAAUUCCAAUAAACUAGAAAACAGCCAAUUUUUAGAAAAAACGAUCAGAUUAAAAUCAAGAUUGGGUCCACCAAUCACGAAUUUAAAUCUCGGAAAAUCGCCUUAUUCAUUCAUCAAUCGACACUUAACUGCAUCUCCUUAUCAAAAAAAGGGCGAUCAUUCAUCCAUAUCUUUCCUGAAAUCUGAAAGUCAUCUUCAAGAUUUCAAGAAACUUUUCAAGAAUGAAUAUCCCGUCCCUACCAACAUAGACCUUAAUAAACAAGAAUUAACGGGGAGGACACCUCAAACUGGUGAUAUGGCUCCAAUCGUUAAAAUAGAUGUCACUGAGAUGGAUAAUUUGCCUAAUUUCACAUUUUUAAUGCCUACCACGCCAAAAAUCUUUAUAGGCAAAAAACGCGAAGAUUUGAUUCAAAAGUCCCAUAUCAGUGACUCUCUACAUAAACAUUCUAAGCAUAAACCAUAUACCAAGCCUCACGUCAACCAUGGUAAAGACCAUGAAUCGUUCAAAGAUCCUAUAAAUAACAAAAUCGACAAACUUCUAUCAGAAGCAACCGUUUUAACUCGAACAAUAUCCAGCGAACCAUCCCCAUUUAAACAAGGAUCCUGUCUUGAUUUCCUUAAAUCAGAUAAGAUGAGUCCAACAAAUUUUGAAUCAAAACAAAAUAUUAGUCAUACAUCAUCUAUUAGUGAAAUCACGAAAGUUACUGAAGCACCUUUCAUAUUCAAUAAUGACAAUUUAGAUAAAUGGAUGUGUUUAUCCUGUUGGGUCAAAAACUUACCUUCAUCUUUGAAGUGUAUAUGUUGUGGGACUGCCAACGCCAGUCCUAAGGCUAAUCGAUCUUUUAAUAAACUUGAUACACAAGAUUCUGCAAACGUAGAAAAAGUGCCUAAGCCAGAGGAAAUUUCCAAAGUUGACACAUUUAGCAAAAAACUAGACUUACGGAAUACUACUUGUUCCAUAUGCUCACACAAAAAUAAACCAUUUUCUAAUUUAUGCGAUAUGUGUCAGACUCCUCUUUUUGCAAUUAAAGAGCCAUUAUCCUGUACAACUUCUAAAGUUUCGUUGCCACCUUUGACCAUAAUCACUCCUCUGACAAUCUCCCUAAAGCCGUCUACCUCGGCAAUAACGAGUCAAAUAAUAGUUUUUCCGAGCAUCGCCGCCACUAACAAAUUAAUUGAUACCAACCAAAAUAAGCCAUUGUUUUCAUCUUUGCCAACUACCGUCACUUUUGCGUCCACUUUCGACAGCCAUGACCAUCCAUCACCGGUCUCCACUGUAUCAUUCAAAUUUGGUGUUGGAGAAGACAUUACUAUGAAGUCGAAUGUUCCCUCUACAUCUUCUUUCGCGUCUUUAUCUAGUCAAUACACCAUACCACGUUCAAAUAUUCAAAACAAUAUUCCUAGUAUAACAUCUAAAAGUUUGGCAACUUCACCUACCUCGUUUAUAUCGCCUUUCACUUUUGGGAAAGUAUCUUCUUCUGUUCCUAUUACUUCUUUCUCGAUCGGGUUCGAGCCCACAAUUCAACAAUCCUCGAGUCUUAAUUUCCCUAUAAUUCAAAACAAAACCUCCGAUAUAUCUGCAGUGCUAACGUUUUCCACUAAUUCUUUACCUCCUCCUCAGGCUUCAACCUUUUUAAACGUUUCACCUGCCUUUGCUAUUACUAUAUUAUCAGCGAGUCCUAUAAUUCCGUCGACAUUUGUUGGAUCACCUAUGAACUUGACCAACUCUUCGUAUGAAGAAAACCUAAAUGAUUCCAGCAAGCUAUUGGCCCUUCCUCAUUACGGUUUAACUUCUAAUAAUAUAUCUUUCCCUGUCAUCAAAAGCAGACCUUCUAUUGAAACAGUUUACACGAAGCCUAGUAUUUUUAGCUCAUUCAAUUUUCAACAAACCAGUACGUCUCUACCCUUCGGAAUAUCUACCAGUCAGACUCCGAUUUCCGCGGCUACCGUUAAUACUAUAUUUCCCACCUUUUCGUUCCUUACAACAUCUGCUCCCAUCAAUAUUUCUACUACGCCAUCCAGUAAUUUAGUCCAGAAUAGCUCAUCAUUUGCAGGAUUUUCCUUCCCUUCAAAGCCUCUAUUAGCUGAUUCUACCCUUACCUUUCCUGUUGCAUUUACCAGCAAUAAUAUCGUUACCAGUACUAACAAAAGGGCCAAUGAAGAUAGCGAUGAUAGUAAACCUAAAAAAACGUUAGAUUUUUCAUAUGGCGUUCAGCCAUCCUUAUCUCAAACCACUACCUUUGGCAGUCAACCUACCUCAUUCUUAUCCCAGUCCGCAAAUGGAUUUACAUUUGGUAAUUUUAAACCCUCUGUUUCUUCGAUGUUUAAAACUCCAGCACCUACAAAUCAGAUACCAGGCGGAAGUGGUUUUAACUUUACACCAAGCUUUAACUUUGGAGCUGCCCAGACCAAUCCUACAAUUCCGAUGAAUAGUUUUGGCGAUACAAUAUCAUCCGCCUCUCAACUAUUUUCUUUCAAUACUAACGAUCAAAAUAAACCCGCGAGCAACAUAUUAUCUAGUGGUCCUGGCAUAUUCUCCUUCGGGGCUACUAAUCAAGUAAAACAAUUAUCAUCGAAUACCCCCUCCAUUAAUUUCGGGCAAUCCCUAUCAACGAAUCAAAUAAACAUUGCUCCUCCUCUUCCUAUAUCUUUUAGCAAUACGGUACCUUCAGUGUUUAAUUUCUCUGCUCAACCUUCUUCGGAUACGAAUCCACUUAACAUUAUGUCUGGGGGCUUUGCAUUAGGUACUACUGCUCAAACAGGUCAAAGACGCAUCAAAAAACCAAUAAGACGAUUACGUUAAAGGAUUAUAAAACAUAAAUAUGAAUUGAUCCCGAAGAGUGGAAUUGGCUCAAAAUAUAUUUAUGUUGAUAAAUUGAUGAUUUUAUAUAUAUAUAUAUAUAUCGAAUUAUUAGUUUAAAGUUACUCGUUUAACACUGUAAUUUUAGAAUACAACAAAUGUAAAAUAUUAUCAUAACAUUUACGCUUAAUUAUAAUCGACAAAUUCAUCAUAAAUAUAAUCUUUCUUUGUUAUUUUUAUCUUUUGCAGCCCACUUUUUUU